CGAUCUAUGGACUCGCCGGCAGCGGAUAAUAUUAGACUUUCGAUACUCAUUUUACUUCACUACAGAUACAAUGUUUUGUGACAUGACGCGAAUAUGAAAAGCCGAUUUUAUGUUAAAAAAACUCUUUUACUCGUAAAGUGUCGCUUUUGUGCUACUUUUGUGUAUGUGCAAAAUAUAGUGUGUGUGUGUGUGUGCUUUGAAAGCUGAAAAUAUUGAUAACACAUUAAUAAUAGUUAAGAAGUGCAGUAAAUUUUAUAACUCUGCACAGGUGGUCAGAGAUAGAAUAUUUUAAUUUGAUGACGCAUCGAUCGGUAGAAGAAUGAAAGUUUUGUGAAAAUCGUCUUAUAUUGUUAAUGAUUUCCAAGAUGGCGCACUGGAGUGCAGCGUCCGCCGUGAGGUGACAUGCGCCUACAUCCCCGCCGGCCGGAAGCGACGUAGGAAUCCCAACCGGAAGUGACGACGGAUUCCCGCACGAAGAUGAUCCAAGAUGGCGGCGAACGAGACGGAAGCGGAGGUGCUCAGUGACGAGGCGGCCCUGCACUUGAUGGCCAGCGUGGCGGUCACCGUCAUCUCGGCUAUCGGACUGCUCCUCAACGGCUACAUACUCCUGGUCAUUGUUAUCACCAAACAGACGGCGAGCGCGUCGUCCGUGCUGCUGGUGCACCUGGGCUGCGUGGGCGCGCUGGCGAGCGGCGCGGCGCUGGGCCCGGGCUGCGCCAGCGCCGUGCUGCGCCUCGCGCUGCACCCGCUGCAGCUGUGGACCGUGUGCGGGCUGCACGCCGACCGCGCCGCCGCCAUCGCCGCGCCGCUGCACUACGCCGCCAUCGUCUCCGCCAAGAAGGUGUUGGUGUGUGUGGUGGGCGGAUGGCUGGUGUCGGCGGCGCUGAUGUCGCCGCUGCUGUCGCCGCUGGCGCCGCUGGCGUGGCGCGGCGGGCUGGGCUGCGCGCCGGACUGCGCCGCCGGCCGCACCGCGCUCGCCUACUGCCUGCUGUACGCGCUGCUCACGCUGGUGCUGCCCGCCACGCUCGUGCUGCUCUGCAGCCUCAAGAUCCUGCGCAUCGCGCGCUACCACCGGCACCGCAUCGCCGCCGCCAUCUACGAGGUGACGCUGUCGGCGCAGGUGACCGUCACGCACCAGCGCAACCCCUUCUCCGCGCCGCCGCCACCGCGCCACCGCGCGCUGUCCGCCGUCGUGCAGCCGCUGGGCUCGCUCGCGCUGCUGUACUUCCCCUACUACUGCGUGCUGGUGUGGCCGGCGCUGGGCGCGCCGCCGCCCGGGCUGGGCGCGCUGGCCGCCGCCUUGCUCGCCGCCGCGCCGCCCGUCAACGGCGUGCUGUACGGCAUCCGCAGCCGCGCGCUGCGGGACGCGCUGCGCAACUACCGGCGCAAGCGGCUCACGAAGAGCGAGGUGACGCAGGAGAUCCAGGCGCGCACGCCGAGCGCGUGCGGCUCGCGGCGGCCGUCGCUGUCGGCGGGCUCGGGCGUGGUGCGCGUGGCGGGCGCGCGGCGGCUGUCGGACGCGGCGGCGGCGCUGGGCGCGGGCGGCGCGGACCGGCCGGCGCCGCGGGCCGCGUCCUGCACGCUGCUGGCGGGCGAGGAGUCUCGCUGCGCCAUCCCGGCGCUGCGCGCGCCGCCGCACGUGGUGCUGGGCCGCGCGCUGGGGCUGGAGGAGGGCCGGCGCCGGCGCUCGCCGCGCAUCACGGUGACGCGCGCCAUGAGCGACGAGCGCGAGUCCCCGGCGCGCCGCCCGCUGUGCCGCCAGCACUCGCGCUCCAGCGGCGCGCUGCUGGCCGAGGAGCAGCUGCUGCUGCAGUGGCCGCCGCGCUCGGACCCGCCCGCGCUCGACCCGCCCUGGCCCGCAGACGGACUAUAAUGCAAAUAUUUUAAUAAUAAUAAAAUCUGAUAAUUGCCAUGAAAAGUUUAAUUAUUCAGGAACUUAGGUGAUUAAAAUCUGUGGUGGACAUAAGAAACUCAACUUUGUUAAUUGAUCUCUUAUAAACAAAUGAUCACCAGCUCAGAUUGGACUGGCGAUGAUCUUCUGUGUUACUGAAUUGUAAAAUAUGAAUAGUGCUGCCAUGUUGUGGAGUCCAAGGCUUGUUGUGUACUAGAUCUGUAGUGCCGCUUCGUGUGCUGCCUGCACUCCCCGGACCAUAGUCUCACCAUGAGGUGAGAUCUAACUAUAUUCUUCUACAGGGUUUCCCAUAUCGUCAGCUUCACUUUUGCUGAAGUUAGUAUGUAUUUUUUGUUAAACUACUUAUAUCUUUCACGUGUAUUAUAAGUAAAGUAAAGAGGGUGUAUAGUUGUUUUCUUCUGAUAACUUUAUGUCAUGUUAUAAAAUAUAGGUAACCAUCAAAUUAAUAUACAUUUUGCAAAUAUCACAGAUCUUUCGAGCUUGUCAAGGAACCUUUCAUACAGUUUGUAAAUGUAUAAUAUAAAUGUAAUGUAUAACUCAGUUAAAGUAUUAGAGGAGUCAGUAUCAGUAUUUAUAAUUAAAAUUCUGAUUAUAAAUUCAAAUAUCGACAAAAAUGUGUAAGUAGUUAAUAAUAAUGAUUAUUAGUUUAAAAAGGUUGAAAGAAAUUUUAGGUAAAUAGGUUGAAAGAAAUUUCAAAGUUUUCUGUCGUUUCAAGUCUGCGUACUUUCAGGCUGAGUGUAAAAUAUUAAAUAAUUUAUCUUGGUAUUGAGUAGCUAGUCUAAUUAAAAUCAUACUCAUACUCGUACAGGUAGAUAAAAGUAGGUACACAUCAUAGGAUGUA